AUGACGACAGACCACACUUCAGAGCUAGUCAAUGCUCUGAAAGACAUCAAGGACACCCUGGCUGCCCAGAUGGAACACCUGAAGACAAACUCGUUGCUUCUCCAAGCGUUUCUGGAACUGAAUCAAAAGGAAGCUGAAAAGACGCCGGCUGCUGUUCAGUCAAAGGACAAGAACACUCCAAAUCUCCCGGAUGUUGAAUCCACGGUCAAUCAAAGGUCAGCUGCUGUGCAACCGAUGAGAAAAAACGCACCAAAGCCUCCAGAUGUUAAAGCCAAGGCCGAUCGGGACAGUAAGCAGCUUGGGUUCCUGUUCCUACGUAUCGAUUAA